GAAGGAUAUAGACAAGACUCUGCGAAUUCAGUUUUUCUGAAAAGUUUAUUCAGUUUCUUGAUAAUUUUAUAUUAUUUGAAAGUUUUUAAUUAAAAAUAGUUAUAAAGCUACUUCAAAAUGGGGAAACGCCAGCAUCAGAAAGAUAAGAUGUACUUAACGUACACCGAAUGGUCAACAUUGUAUGGUGGAAGAAAAUCAGGGACAACUCUGGAAACAAGUGAAGAGAAAACGUUCAGGCGUUUGCCAUAUGACCAUUGCUGUUUGUCUCUGCAGCCUUUUGAACAUCCUUACUGUGAUCCACAUGGGAAUGUGUUUGAGCUAGAAGCUAUUCUAGCUUAUUUGAAACAAUAUAAACACAAUCCUAUAACCGGGAAACCAUUGGAUGCAAAAAGUCUAAUUAAAUUAAAUUUUCAUAAAAAUGUGCAGGAUGAGUAUCAGUGCCCUGUCCUUUUUAAACUGUUCACCAAACAUUCGCACAUUGUCGCCAUUAAAACUACAGGAAAUGUAUUUUCUUAUGAAGCUGUUGAACAGUUGAACAUAAAAGCUGCAAACUGGAAAGAUUUAAUAAAUGAUCAGUCAUUUACACGCCAGGAUAUUAUCACAAUUCAAGAUCCAAACAAUGCAAUGAAAUUCAAUUUGUCUACAUUUCAUCAUAUUAAGAAUAAUAUAAGAGUAGAAGAUGAAGAAACUGUGAGAGAGCGAAACAAUCCAAAUGCGAAGUUAAAAACCGUCUCUAUGGAAACCAAGGAAAUUUUGGAAGAAUUGGAGAGAGAUUUUAAACCAACAAAAAGUAGUGAAAAAGAUGAAACAUCUAAGAAGGCUGACAAAUUUAAUGCUGCACAUUACUCUACUGGUGCAGUGGCUGCAGGUUUUACUUCAACAAUAAUGCCAGCAGAGACUACCCAUCAAGCAGCUGUAAUCGCAGAAGAUUUGGUGCGAUACGAGAGAGUUAAAAAGAAAGGCUAUGUAAGAAUACUUACAAAUUUUGGAGCUUUAAAUCUGGAGCUACACUGUGACCUGGUUUCAAAGACCUGUGAAAAUUUCAUGAAACACUGUCAGAGUGGUUAUUAUGACGGCACAAAGUUUCACAGAUCAAUAAGAAAUUUUAUGAUUCAAGGAGGUGAUCCAACUAACACAGGUAAUGGUGGCAAAUCUAUCUGGGACAAACCGUUUGAGGACGAAUUCAAGCCAAAUUUGGUACAUCAAGGCAGAGGAAUUUUAUCUAUGGCGAACUCAGGUCCAAACACCAAUGGAUCCCAAUUUUUUAUCACGUUCCGAUCGUGCAGACAUCUCGAUCGCAAACACACAGUCUUCGGAAAGAUAGUCGGAGGUCUGGACACGUUAAACGCGAUCGAGAAGGUGGAGGUGGACAAUAAAGAUCGACCGAUAGAAGAUAUAGUUAUACAGGGUAUUCAAGUCUUUGUGGAUCCCUUCCAAGAAGCUGAUGAGCAGCUGAUUGCAGAAAGAGCUGCUGAAGUGGAACGAUUAGCUCAAGAAGCAAGUCGGAGCAAAACGACAGACAAAAAAGACAAAAAUGACACUAAGAAAAUUUAUCGAUCCGGAAUAGGGAAAUAUGUGAAAUUGGAACAGGAGAAAUUGGAUAAAUGGGACGCAAAUGCGGAACCCUCUACAAAGAAGAAAAAAGUGUCAAAAUCGUAUGGAGAUUUUUCCUCCUUUACGUUUUAAUCAAUUGUUAAAAAUGUGUAUAUAGCAGAUGUAUAUAAUAUUAAAUCCAACC